CACUGGGCAUUGACAUGAUUCUCCUUAACACAUGUCUGUUGAAUGUGUGGCUCUGUGUGACAUUUCUUCACCUCGCCAACUGCACUAGUGGAGCUAAGAAGGAACAUGUAAUGGCAACCAGAAAUAUUGGAGAAUUUGUGUAUCUUUUCCUACCAGACAUGCCACUGACCAACAUUAAGGAUUUAGAAUGGAAAACUAAAGACCUUAAAGUGGCAAAGUUCCAAAAUGGCAAGUCAUCUUUGCAUGAUUUAUACAAAAACAGAACAACUCUGUUCUCUAACGGAACCCUGAGGUUAGAUCAGCCUAUCAAAAAUGACAGUGGAACUUACACCCUGGAUGUUUAUGAUGAAGGGGAAAGUGUGUUCAAGGGUUACAUCUGGCUUGAUGUACAAGAGUCAGUCUCUCAGCCUAUUGUGAACUCAUCCUGUCAAGAUGAAGAGCUGGUCAAACUGAUGUGUGUGGUGGAGAAGGGAGAUAAUGUUUCUUACAAGUGGAGCGUAAAUGGAACCCCACUUGAAAACAUGCUCACUCCCAGGAAUGAUGGAAGUGGAAUUCUAGCAGUGCUAAAAAAUAACUCUGAGGAAUUUACCUGUACUGCAGAGAACAAUGUCAGCAGCGAGACAAGUGAUCCCUUCAAACCUUCGUGUGCUUGGAAAGAAACAGUCACCAGUGGAGCAAAAGAAGAGUAUGUGAUUGUAACCAGAAACCACGGAGAGUUUGUGUCUCUUUUCAUACCAGAAACACCAUCAUCCAACAUAAAUGAUUUGGUAUGGAAAUUUAAAGACAUUAGAGUGGCAAGAUUACAACCUGGUAAUAUUACCUUACAUAAUCUGUACAAACAUAGAACAACAGUAUUUUCCAACGGCACCCUGAGACUCGACAAACCUCUGAAAGAGGACAGUGGAUCUUACAUCCUAGAAGUAUUUAAUAAAGAAGGACAAAAUAUGUUCAAGGGCAGUGUCAGGCUAGAGGUACAAGAUCCUGUCUCGCGGCCAGUUAUACAAGCAUCCUGUCAAGAUGAAGGAACAGUAAGACUGGUGUGCACAGUGCAGGAAGGACAUAAUGUUUCUUUUCAGUGGAGUUCAAAUGGGGCCCCACUCAGCCUUGGAACCACUGAUGAUGGACGUAGUGUUCUUAUUGCAAUCAAAAAUGUCUCUGAGGAGCUUUACUGCACUGCGGAGAAUAACAUCAGCAGACAGACAAGUGCUCCCCUGAAGCCUUCUUGCUUUUCAACAUCAACAGGUCUUCUCACAAUCUUAUUCUGCCUCAGUGGAACUCUCAUCAUAGCUUUGUUGUUUUUGGGGAUCCUCCUUAUAACCAGUAAAGUAAAAAAAUGGCCUCAUAAAGAGCAAUACAAUGUAGCUGACAAAGAAAGUAAGGGGAAGGGAGAAUGUACGUCUUUCCCAUCAUUGGCAUCAACAGAACCAGCCAUAAAAGAAGACAUAUAUGUUGACAUGGGCCUACAGAAUAUGGCAGAAACAAGUAGAAUAUCAGAGCAGCACAGUUUUUCAUCUGCUGAAAUAGCACCUGAGACAAAGACACCAGACCAAGAGGAAGAAUAUGUUGAAAUGAGUAAUACCUUGAAUCGAAAGAAGAGGUUCCUUGGAGAGAACAGUUCCGGAUUCAAAUCGCUGCAGCUAAACAAGGAUCUGUCUGACCAAGGGGAAGAAAAACAUACUGAUGCAGAAGUGAAGACCCAAGACAGCUCUGAUGUAAUUUAUGCUCAGAUUCACAUUAAGAAGACUGGCAUCGCCAGACAAACAAAUUCAUCACCAGUUCUGUCUCAUAAUGUGAUAUAUUCUAAUUAACAAAAUCUUGUGCUUCCUGGCUAAUAUUUCACAUGCGUUUUAAUGUUUAAUAAACUAAACUAAUGGAUUGUUCUGUGGAAUGUAACUUUUGUUCUGUUUGUUUAGGCCUAAAAUCAAGUUACUGUUGAUGUUAAAUUAUUUAAAAUAAAACUCCUACAUGA